AUGGCGACAAUGGCAAACGGUCAAGAUGUGUUUCUGCCAGUAUCUACCGGCCCAAUUCCCGGAACAGUGAAGUCACGGAAUGACCACCCAGUCCCCAGGGCCUCCAUAAUGAACAACACGGACCCGAUUGAAACAAACAAGUUCUACGCCGGAUUGUUCCUAGGGACUCAAACCAAUACAACCUUCACACAUCCAUAUGGGAUUGCGUGGGCAAAGGGGAACGGGAAUGCGAAAAGCUACGGCAUGGCUAUCUCGCAUAUUGAGGCAGACAAGCUUGCUUUGGGGCCGAAAAAUGACAAGAUACCAGGCAGCCCAGUUCAAUAUUACGUGAACCCUAUUGGUAUCCAGUCCAUUAUAUUAUCGGCAACUGAAUUGGGGGGCUCUACUGUGCUUAUGACAGAGAAUCCGCUGCCAUUCUCGGCGAACGCUGUCUUGCAACCUCAGAGUGGAUCAUCUGAGAGGAUCACCUUUCCCGUAGUACAGGGCAUGGGUUUUGUCACCGGGAUAUAUUCGAACCUUCAGCCCGUUAUUCAGAGCAGUGUUUUCUUCAGCAAAGUAGUCUCUGCUGGUUCUCCAAGACCUGGUAUUUUCAAAUAUACCGUGGAUCUUGCAGAUGGGACCAAUUGGCUUCUUUACCUAACUUCAAAUGAUGGGAAAGAUCCAAAUCUCCAUCUGGAGUCCACUACCAACCUGCGUGGGCCUCCUGGCUGGUCAGGAACAGUGCAGGUGGCCAAAAACCCAGCAGGUACAUUGGGAGAGAAACUAUUCGACAAUUCGUCUGGUGUCUAUGCCACACAAGGUUGGGUGAAAGGUGCUGUAUCUGGUCAGACGGGAACAUACAGCCUCACGUGGGGGAAGGAGGGCAAAGAUAAAGACGGUACCCCAUUGAUGAUGUAUGCUCUGCCGCACCACGUGGAAUCAUUUGAUAAAACUACCCACGACCGCCUGACAAAUAUCACGAUGCGCACAACCACAAAGGGCAAUGCAACAGCAGUCAUCGGGGAGACUUGGUCAAUGGUGGAACAGGAUCUGCCUGUUGGUAUGGGAUUUGCCCCGUGGUCUGUGUCCGCAGGCAGCGUCGACACGAUUUCUCCGGCGGCCCAAAAAGUCAUCAUAGAUGUGGCACCAACAGAGCUGCAACAGGACGUCGGCAAUCAAUCCAACUUGAAUAGCAUGUAUUACAGCGGCAAAGCUCUCAGCAAAUUCGCUACGCUCGUAUACGCCGUGGACAAAUUGGGUGGCAAGCCCGACCUUGCAGCCCCUGCUCUGAAGGACCUAAAGACGGCCUUCGCUCGAUUUAUUGAUAACAAGCAGCAAUUUCCCCUGGUGUACGACAAUGUAUGGAAGGGAGUAGUGUCUUCGGCUAGUUAUGACGGUGGUGAUUCUGGGGCUGAUUUCGGAAACACAUAUUACAAUGACCACCAUUUUCACUACGGCUACUUCAUCCAUGCCGCUGCAAUCAUCGGGUCCCUUGAUCCAUCUUGGAUUCAAGGCAACAAAGAUUGGGUCAAUAUGCUUGUCCGUGAUGCAGGAAAUGCCGCUACCAAUGAUCCACUUUUCCCCUUUUCUCGUGGGUUCGACUGGUUCCAUGGUCAUUCAUGGGCGAAAGGGCUUUUUGAAUCCUUUGACGGGAAAGACGAAGAGUCGACAUCGGAAGAUGCGAUGUUUGCUUAUGCUCUAAAGAUGUGGGGUAAGACCAUUGGAGAUGCCAGUAUGGAAGCAAGAGGGAACUUGAUGCUGGGCAUUUUGAGACGGAGCCUCCAUAAUUAUUUCCUCUUGGAGGCUGACAACAAGAAUCACCCCCCGGUCUUUGUUCCGAAUAAGGUGACGGGCAUAUUAUUCGAAAACAAGGUGGACCACACUACCUACUUUGGAGCCAACCUAGAGUAUAUUCACGGGAUUCACAUGCUGCCGCUCUUACCGGUCUCGCCGUACACACGCAGCCAAAAGUUCGUCAAGGAAGAGUGGGAUGCCCUUUUUGCAACUAAUGCUGCAGCACCGGCCGAGCAGGUGCAAGCUGGAUGGAAAGGUGUCUUAUAUGCAAAUCUUGCCCUUAUCGAUCCAGUGUCAGCCUGGAAUUUCUUCGCGCAACCGAACUUCGACUAUAGCGUGAUCGAUGGGGGAGCGACACGGAUUUGGUACCUCGCGCUUGCUGCAGGUGAGUUAACCACCCAUUCUUCAGGGUUCAUUAGCACCACUAACAAUAUAUAG